UGGUGGUUGGUUAGGGGUACGUGCUGUGAUACUGGUGGUUAGCUAGGGGUACGUGCAGUGAUACUGGUGGUUAGCUAGGGGUACAUGCUGUGAUACUGGUGGUUAGCUAGGAGGCUAGGGGUACAUGGUGUGAUACUGGUGGUUAGCUAGGGGGACAUGCUGUGAUACUGGUGGUUAGGGUAAGGAGAGCUAUCGUUGGGCAGAAAUGGGGUAAGGAGUUUACAUUCCAGAACUGUAAUCUAAAGGAAUGGUUAUCCAUACACGCAUUGCCCUUUUAAAAUUUGGCAGUAAUAAACAGGAUUUCACUUCUUAUAGCAGUCCACAUGUAAAAGUUACUUUGGGUGAUGGGACUGUUUUUUUAGAGUCUGCAUAUCUGGGGACAUGAACUGUCUGCAUUGUGUGAGUCUCUGAACUUGAAGCCUAUCCAGCGCAGUGUUGCAUCUGUAUGCCUUGCCUCAUUGUGAAAAAUUCUUUAGACUGAAAUAGCAGUGUACGGCCUGUAAGAGUUUCAUAGAGCACUGUCCAGCUGGAGAAGCCCAGAGCCAGCAGGUAAUUGAUCCUGUUCACUGUCACUGUAACCAGCUUCCUCCCCCUGCAGGUCAGGAGGCCUAGAUGUGGCCAGUUGCUGCCCAACACUGGCAGUGCUUGAAGCUGGGAAGUGGUGAGAACAUUGGGAUGCAGUGGCCUUAGGUGUGGGAUGUGGUGGGGCCUGAGGCAGGUGAAUUGUUUUUGUAGUGAGACUGGCAGAGCUCAGUCAACAUCCUUGACUCUAACAGCCUAGGUUUCUUUGUUGCAGAUGGCGGCUCAGAGACAGCGAGCUCUUGCCAUUAUGUGCCGUGUGUAUGUUGGCUCCAUUUACUAUGAGCUGGGAGAAGAUACCAUACGCCAAGCCUUUGCUCCCUUUGGGCCCAUUAAGAGCAUCGAUAUGUCCUGGGACUCAGUUACCAUGAAGCACAAGGGUUUUGCUUUUGUGGAGUACGAGGUACCAGAGGCUGCCCAGCUGGCCCUGGAACAGAUGAACUCUGUCAUGCUUGGCGGCAGGAACAUUAAGGUUGGCAGACCCAGUAAUAUUGGCCAAGCCCAACCCAUUAUAGAUCAGCUGGCUGAGGAAGCUCGCUCAUUCAAUAGAAUCUACGUGGCUUCUGUGCAUCAGGAUCUGUCAGACGAUGACAUCAAGAGUGUGUUUGAGGCCUUCGGAAAGAUCAAGUCCUGUAUGCUGGCACGAGACCCAACUACUGGCAAACACAAAGGUUAUGGCUUUAUAGAGUAUGAUAAGGCGCAGUCUUCUCAAGAUGCUGUCUCCUCCAUGAAUCUUUUUGACCUCGGUGGCCAGUACCUGCGUGUUGGCAAAGCUGUCACACCACCAAUGCCUCUACUCACACCUGCCACGCCUGGAGGAUUACCCCCUGCAGCAGCUGUGGCAGCAGCUGCUGCUACUGCCAAGAUCACUGCCCAGGAAGCCGUAGCGGGAGCUGCUGUCCUUGGGACCCUCGGCAGCCCUGGCCUGGUGUCUCCAGCCCUGACGCUGGCACAGCCUUUGGGUGCUUUGCCCCAAGCUGUGAUGGCAGCUCAGGCCCCAGGAGUUAUUACAGGUGUGACUCCUGUGCGCCCACCUCUUCCAGUGACCAUCCCACAAGUCGGCCUGGUGAAUCCCAUCCUCUCAAGCCCUCCUGCACUUGCUCAGCUGGAAGUAAAGAAAGAGAAAGAAGAGGAGGAACUCUUGCCAGAAUCUGAAAGGCCAGAAAUGCUGAGCGAGCAGGAACACAUGAGCAUAUCUGGAAGCAGUGCCAGGCACAUGGUCAUGCAGAAACUCAUGCGCAAGCAGGAGUCUACUGUGAUGGUUCUUCGUAAUAUGGUGGACCCUCGUGAUAUCGAUGAUGAUCUUGAGGGCGAAGUGACAGAGGAGUGUGGCAAAUUUGGUGCAGUGAACAGAGUGGUCAUAUACCAGGAAAAACAAGGAGAAGAAGAAGAUGCAGAAAUUAUUGUUAAAAUCUUUGUGGAAUUCUCAAUGGCCAGUGAAACACACAAAGCUAUUCAAGCAUUGAAUGGUCGUUGGUUUGCCGGACGGAAAGUAGUUGCUGAAGUGUAUGACCAGGAGAGGUUUGACAAUAGCGACCUUUCGGCAUGAAACCUCUCAAGACUCUUACUCCCUCCCCAUUUGUCCUUGUACUGUUUAUUUCAGUUUUAUUUCUUUUAUAUUAUUUGUCUUAUUGUCGUUGUCUCAAAGUAGAAACUGGUCAAUAAAGUGAUUUUUGUUUUUUGUUUUUUUUCUAUUUUGGAUGAAUGUGCCAUUAUUUUUGCGUGCGAGUUCCUGAGGUCUUUCACAGAGAUGUAGUUUAAACUCUCUGUGUACUAAUGGGUGCACACUGCUAAGGACAGAAGAUUGUUUUAUAAGGCAAUGAAUGGAUUUGAGACUUGACAUGCUGUAAUUGGGCUGGGGUAGGAUAUGAACUCACUCACUUACAUCUCUAAAAGGUUGAGUAUAUAACAAUUAAAAUAAUUUAUUUAAAUGUU